AUGAACUAUGAAUCCCAAAUGAGAACAAAAAAACGACAUAGAAUCACUGUGGUGUGCACAAAUUGUAAAAAAAGGAAAAGUAAAUGCGACAGAAUAAAACCAUGUGGAACGUGUGUACGGCUAGGAGAUAUGGACAGUUGUGUUUAUUUGAGCGAUAGGCUAGGACAACGGGAAACGGGUCCUACCUUGACUGGAAUUGACCACCUGGAGAAGCAAAUAAGACGUGCGGAAGAAACUGGGCCAGGAUUCAUUAGGAAAAGAAGAUUUGCACAACCUCGACAGGACAAAGAUCUCUGGCAAGGAACGCAAGAAAAAGAAAAGCCAACUUCAGGUUACUAUGUUCCAGUAAAUGAAGAAACGCCUUUAUUCAUAGACUUAAUCCCUAAUGGAUUUUGUUUGGAAACCAAGAGAUCUGCUGAUAAUCUAUUUGGCCUGUUCACGGAUAGAGCAAUUGAAAACCGUGAUCCUUAUCUGAAAGCGAUGGUAACAUUUAGGAGUAUCGCGAUCAAGAAAAUGAUGGAUAAAUUAGGAAGUGAUGGCAAUAAUGUGAAAAAUGGAAGUUUACCUAAAUCUUUUGAAGCCUUAUCCACGUUUGAUGCCGACGAUGAGCGUCAUAAUAGAAGUGACAUUAUCGAUGAAGGAAAUAACAUCCGUAUGCAUCAAACAAUUCACAGGUCGUUGUUCAAUAAAUUUGCUAAGUACAGAGAAAACAAUGCUACAAAAUUUGGUAAGAACUCUGAGACUAUUAUAGCAAAAGAGUAUCUGCCUCCUUUGAAGGUAUUGGAAGAUGAAGUUUUAGUGCUGUUCGAGGAAAAAAUCUACAGUAUGAUACCGAUUUUCGAUAUGAAAGUUUUACGUCAUGAAAUAAGGGCCUUUUAUCAAAGUAUAGUCGAUGAAGGGAAUCCUAUUUCUAUAAAACAUUACGAUCAUAUGGUUUUUUGCAUAAUUUUAUUGAUUAUUAAAAUAUGCCGGCUUUCUGUCCAAUUUUCUAAAUUAAGGCCGUACAUUUAUCCAAUUCUUCAAGAAAUUGAUACUUCUAAUUUUAUGGCUCUUGUUAAUCACUUUUUGUUUGAGACAAAGGUCCUUAGAAAAUGUAAUUUAUUACAAUUACAGUGUCUCGUGUUGCUAAGGUUCUUACACUGGUGUGCCCCUGAGGACGGCGAUGGGAGUGAAACUCAAUAUUGUCAUAUUUUAAUGGGUAUAAUAAUAUCAUCAUGUAAAGAAAUGGGCAUUAACUGGUAUUGCAUUUCUCAACCUGAAAAAUAUUCUUUUAAAAUAAACCGAUAUACAAGACCUUCAUACGAUAUAAUGAAACCUGAUGAUUAUGUUUCAGUUUACAGGAAAAUAUGGAGUUGCGUUUUAUUCUGGGAUAGGAAAAUGUGUUUUAUUAGUGGUGGAGAAUGUCAAAUUGGGAAAACAUUACAAUGCCAUUUCAAAAGAGAGGCAGAUAUAACUACAUGGUACAUGCAAAUGUUACCGCUGGAUGCCUUGAUGAAGAAGAUUAACGAUACGCUGAACGAUGACCCAGGAAAUGUAGAUUUGAAUUUAUUACAUCGACUAAUAAGCGAUUUGAAAAGAAAGUUUUAUAUUUUGAAAACCAUGUCAAAAAAAGGGCAAAAAACAAUGGGCCAUUUUGAUUUUGAAAUGGAAUGGAUUAUUGAUUUAUUCUCAUUGAGCUUAUUACACGGAGAAAUGAUAUUCCAUGAAUAUGACUGCAACAUUGCGGAGUUUUACAAGAGUUUCCAAAAUUUAUGGGAUAUGAUCAUUCGUAUUUCAGAGAAAUGUUACAAUUAUUUUUUCAACAGUGAUGCUUUAGAGAUAGAUUCGCUGGUGAAGUUUUAUACUAACAGAAUUGUGGAAAUUGUUGCAAAUAAAGUUUUGGUCAUUAUCCCCGCAUUCAUUCUCAGAGGAGAUCGGUUCAAAACAAUUCAGUACGCAGACAAAAAAAAAAUGGUAGAAUUUCUCUAUGGGAUUUCUUCUGUGUACUUUAACGAAUUUGGUUUUGAAUACUAUCGUUGUUUCAGAAAAAUGUUCACUGCUAAAAUAAGUUAUAAGAUCUUGAAUCGCUCGUGUGAAAAGGAUGCAUGGAGCAUCAUCUUGAAGUUCUUGUUGAAUGAACUAGUACUGGAAGAUAAUGGCGAUAGCUCGAAGGAUUCCAAAGAUACGAGGCUGAAGGAUGAUUGUGCAAUAAUAUCUGAAUUUGAAAAGACAGUACAAAAGCGUAAUCAGCAUGGAACAGAUAUUUUAAGUAUAUGGAAUAAUGAGUUUUAUCCUAUAGGUAAAUACAACGAUGAUAUGACGGGUUUUAAGUUUCAAAUACGAAUGAAACAGAUGCAAGAAUUCUUGGAUAUGGAGAAAUAUUCGGACAAGUUUAAUAUUUUCUCAUCCUUUUAUGACCAUGCAAGUUCACAACUGGCCAAACAUACUGAAGCGGAUACCAGCGUAAACAUGGCAAACGAACAAGUAGCGAAAACGCCGCAAAAGGAACCAUUACAGGAACCUGUGACGGCGGCCUUACCAAACAACGAUUUAAUUGUGUCUGAAUUUGAGAUGAUUCAAGACAUUUUUGAUCCGGUAGAUUUUGUAUCUUUUUUUUGA